GGUUUACUUUGGCCUGAAUGUACAGAAGAUUGACUUUUGUCUUCCUCUCAGGAGAUAGAAGACUGCUGGAGCCAAGAUGUACUGCUUCAGCUCUUCGUUCUGACACUCUGCAAAUGGUUUCUGAGAGCCUAGAUCAGGUGAUCUUUGAGGAGGUGGCCAUUCGAUUCAGCAAAGAGGAGUGGUCCCUACUAGAUCCGGAUCAAAGGGCCUUGCACAAUGAAGUCAUGGAGGAAAACAUGGAACUUGUGACCUCUCUUGGUGAGGCUACUUCUUUUUCCUGGCUGAUCUAGUUACUUUAUAGGGACCUCUGUAGCCUCUUCCUGCUUUCUUGCUGUAUUUCUGCCAGUUGAGUCAUCUUCCAUCUGCAUUGGUUAAGGAUGUGUUCCUUAGGAGAAACCUGAGAAGACUGAUGCCCCAGUUCUUAGCCCUGACAAAAUAUUCCCACCCUAUCAAGUUUUCAUUUCAGCAGGAUGGGCAUCUUUCUGGUGCCUCUUCAAAUGAGGGUUUUGUAGGGGUAAUUUAAGUUUCCUAAGGUAAAUUUCUGUAGGGGUAAUUUAAGUUUCUUUGGUAAAGAAGCAAAACUAUUUAAAUAUCAGAAAUAUCAAAGCUAAGCCUGUUAGAGUCUAGCUUUAUAUCUGCAUAGUAGCAGAAAUGUGCCUUUGUCUAAGUAUGCUUUCCUAAGAACUGAGACUGACUCAAAAAACCCCAAACACCUAACUUGUAGGGUUUUUUUUAUUAGUAAAAUUAAAACAAUACAGAAUACAUAUUCAUACAUACAUACCUCAUUCAAACCUACCUCUUUAUAGAUUAACAUGAACCAUAAGAGAAGUAGCCUUUUGUAAAUUCCUAUAUUCCUAUCAAUCUCCAUUCUGCCU